CCUAGCUGUUGCUUUGGAAUCAGUUCAAUGCUUUGAACACUGAUCCAUCAGGUAGUGCUUGGAAAGGUGACUUGAGCACCCCCUUUGUUUUGUGCCUGUGAAAGAUUAUUCAUCUUUGCAUACUAUCACUUCAAACUUGUCAGUCCGGCUGCCUGAAACAACACUGAUAUGAAUAUAUCUGUUCUCAAAAGUGAAGGCUUCCAGAUAAAUUAUACUCACACGAAUAAUGCUUCCUAUUGAGUUUUAUUGCAGAAAUCUGCUCAUCCAGUCCUCUUGGAAUUCCAACGGAGGACCUCCUCUAGCUUCUACGUCAACAACCCUAACUACAAUACCAAAUUACCUACAUGUUAGCUAACCCUAACCACAUUGUUUACCACCUAGCCUUUCUUGUACAUAUAAAAGUGCCAACUUCAAGCAUGAUAUGACCUGGGUUUUCCUUUGGGAAAUAAUUAAUGAAAUAGGAGGAGGAGCGCCUAUGCUAACGAUGCAAGUGCAAUGACCAGUUGAAAAGCUAUACCAAUGAUGAUUGCCGUUGCUUCUUCACCGUCUGUUAAUUUGUGACACCCUCACCACCACAUUAACAGCCCUACCUUUUUAUCUGGUGGUUAGGUUUUCUUAAAUACAUAAUGAGCCACUUAGGACUAUUAUAUCCAUACCUCGCGAUACAAUAACUAGGACGUACUCUUCGGAUGCAACCGCUUAAAGCGAAAAUCGUGUUCAAGAUUACAGGCUUCAUUCCGUACGGCACCCGUCCUUCACCCUUGAGAGAAUUCUUCCAACAGUUUGGAAGCGCGUUCUGAUUGGUGAGAGGUAAACUGAACAGUCACAGUUAUGUAAAUGUAUGUAUACUACACAUUCUUCUCGUCGUGUUCUACAUCAGUAAGGGCAUAAUCUGGUCUUGGGUAGCAUAUGUAUUUUAUCAAAUCAAUUGGGCGUAUCGUUAGGUAUAAAAUAAUGCGACUGUGGUUUUGACAUUGCCUUCAGCAGUUCCUUCAUCGGGUGUGGAUGGUUGUUCCCCUCCAGUGGAUGCCGAGAUGGUACGGUCCGUACUUCUGACUCACGAACUGCCAUACGAUCAGCAGGUGUUGGCGCAGCUCGCUUCUAACGCCCCCGCUUCUCUCUGGAUGAUGUAGUAAAACUUUCACUUUAGCCUUCGAAGGACCAGGAAAGAACGCUGUGUGGCUACGUAGUGAGCAUCAAAGGAACUCAUCUGGUGUCCAUCGCUACUCACAGGCAAAAUCACUUAGCAGAUGCACCUGGUGUUACUCUAAUUUCCCCGAUUGUUUCGCCUGGCUCCUGUUGGCGCAGAUUACCGUGAAAAAAGGCGAGCGACUAAAUCGUGGCAUCAUCUGUCCCGAGAUCCGUGCAACGAGCUGGCAAGAUGACUUCCCUGCAUCGCAUACCAAGUUGUCAUUGCUUGCGUUAACUACCGCCUGUGCAUAACGAAGGCACAGCAGCGUCUACUUGCAAACCUACAUAGGUAGAACCUUACUGAGGUCUUUGAAAUGAAGAUUUCUUCAACGAUGGCCAAAGGGAUGUCUCCGUUUGCUGUCAGAGUACAGUCUAAACGCAGGUGUUUAACCUUGUGUGUCCUCUAUGUCUUUUCUUUCCUGGCUGUGGAGCGAGUUAACGGACAGGGUAAUGGAACUUUUACGGCUGUUCCGACCGCACAGACGCCGAUCAUGACCAACGUGACAAUCGGGGCCAUUUUCAGCGGGCCUGCUAUGAUUCCCUUAUUCGAAGACGCCGUGGAACUUCUGAACGCGCGAAUGUCGGAAGAGCGGGCCGCCGUCCACUUCCGAAGCAUCGCCGUGACGCUGAACGAUAGCAGCCCCGUCAGCCUUCUGUCCACCCUCUGCUCAGGUGUUGUCCGGCAAGGCGCUGACGUCCUGCUGUACGCCGGCCGGAGGGGGAACGGGCCAGAUUUGGCUGCUGCCUACAUCGCCAUGUCGGCUAACUACUUGGAGUUGCCACUUGUCGGCAUUUACGAUGAGGGCAUCAGUGCUGUAUCUCCCAAGGAUCUGGGAGCGAUGAUGCUGAAUUACGGCGUCUCCCGUAGACAGGAAUGUAGCGCCAUCAUCGGCUUCCUGCAAAACUACAAGUGGCACAACUUCGCUGUAGUCGCCACCAGAACCCCCAAGGGUGCCGCGUACGUCAAGGCGAUGCAGCAAUACCUCGGAGACCUCGGCCCGGAUUCCAGCUUUGUCAUGACGCCUGUGUACCCCGACUUGUCACAUCGCAGGAAACUGAGUCGGACUAUUCUGGGGAUAAAAGAGAGGGUGAUCGUGAUGUUUUGUUCCGAGAGUGAAGCAAGCAGAAUAUUCUUUUACGCUAACAUAUAUGGCCUAACCGGUAACAACUACGUUUGGAUUAUAGUACUGACAACGAGAAGAGAUCUUGUGCACGGAUCACUUGUUCCGCUUGACUUCCCCAUAGGUUUGAUAGCUCUUGCAUUCGAACAUAGGUCGGAUGAUGUGUUGAGGAUGGAAUUUGCACUUGAUUCGCUGGGCAGCACUGUUCAGAAUGUGAUCAGUAGCGGCUACCCUAUCAACACACGAGACAGCGCCACCUGCUGGAAUACGACAGAAGGACAUGUUGAGUCUGGCAGGCGGAUUCUCAGGAGCUUGCGGGGAAGGUCCUACAGCCUGAAUGGAUUUGUAAAAUUGCCGACGUUUCAUAUCCUCAACAUCGGGAAGGACAAAAAGUGGAACCAGGUAGGAACUUGGCACGAAAGCCGGGAUGUGGGCCUGAACGUGAUCGUGUGGCCCGGCCAGAGGUUUGACCCCCCGAGCGGCUUGUCCCACCCACGGAAACUCAGGGUGGUCACCAUCGAAGAACAUCCCUUUGUGUUUGUCGGAGAGGUCGACGUAACCAUGGGCAAAUGUCUGAAGGGGAUACCCUGUCAGAAAAAAGUAGGAAAUGACACGUUGAUUAAGUGCUGCGCUGGGUUUUGUGUAGAUCUGUUAGAGAGAUUGUCACGUGACGCAUGGUUCGACUACGACCUGUACCUGGUGGAGGAUAACAACUUUGGCGCCUACCAGCGGGGCCGGUGGAACGGGAUGGUGCAGGAGCUCAUACAGGGCAAAGCUCACAUGGCCAUGUCAUCAUUGAAGACCACAGAAGAACGGAUGUCCGCCGUGGACUUUUCUGUACCGUUUCUGGAGACCGGGUACAAACUCAUGGUGUUGAAAAGACCGGGGUCUGUCUCGCCAACAGCGUUUCUAGGUGUGUGA